AUGAAGCAAAAAGGAGUGUUUAAUCAUCUUUUAAAUGAGUUCAGCAAGCACGCAUAUAUUCUUAAAGCAAAUGAUAUUUAUCCUGUUUAAAGGAAAAAGAAAGAAAAGAAGAAUAAAUAUGAUGAAAGCUCUGAAGAUGACAGUGAUAGAGAAGAUAGCGAAGAGGAAAAGGGAUUAGACAAUGAAAAUUAUAAAAAGUAUAAAAUAUUUGGCUCUGAGGAUUUUGAUUCUGAGGCAUUUUCUGUUCACACUUAGACUCCUGAACAUUAUAAAAAAUAUGAAAUUUUGCAAUCGAUAUCACCUAAUGAAUUCAUUGAUAUCAAAAAAGAGUUUGAAAUCUACGAGGAUCUAGAGAUGAACGUGAAGCAAUUUGUAGUAAUGAUGUGCAAUGUAGUGCUUAAGUCUUCAGAGUAUAAUAUAGAUUUGGAUGAAUAUUUAGUCUGUUUUGUGGAAGUUUUUAAUCUCAUUGAUGUGAAAAAUCGUGGUAAAAUAAGCUUCAAAGAGCUUACAUAAUUUAUCAUAGAAAUACCUGAACUCCUUAAUAGAGAUGAAAAUCUCUACGAAACUAAGCUAAAUCUAUGUGAAAACAUAGAAGGCUAUGAGCAUAACCCUAUAGAAAAAAUAUACACCUUUAAAGGAACUUAGUUUUUUGGGUUCUUAGAAGCAAAUAUGAAAUAUUUGAAGUUAAUUAAUGCUAAAACAUUAGUGCAAGAGUAAGAAAUAGAAUUCGAAAGCUCGACUUUUACUUGUGCUAUCUAUGUUAAAUUUAAAAACUGCCUUGCCUUAUGCUCUAACGAUAAAAACAUAAGUUUCUAUGAUAUUGAAAAUAAAAAGAUUGUAAGAAAAUUCCCAGUUCCAGAUGCUCAGAUCCACAUCGAAUACAGCGAAGAAAAAAACACUCUCUAUACAGCAAACUCUUAAGGUAUUAUUUGCUGUUGGAAUGUAGAAAAGAUAUUUUCGAAGUUGUUUGAAUCUUAAUAUAUCAAUAAAAAAUCAUUUGAAAAAGCUCUUAAAUAAGAUCCAAUCCGUGAAUAAUUAGAUGUAACCUGCAUGUUAAACAUUGAGAGCUUGGGAGUAUUAGCAACAGGGUCUAAUGAUACAAAUAUCAGACUUUAUGACAACCAAAUGGAUGAGAGCGAUUCAAAAGAAUUAAAAACAACAUUUAAAUUACUCUGUGGUCAUAUUAAAGGAAUAAAAGGCAUUUGUUAUAACGAAGCAAAUAAAUAUAUCGUCAGUUGCUCAUUUGAUUUCGAUGUCCUUGUUUGGAAUGCCUACUUAGAGCAUCCAGUAGCUAAGUUGAGUGGUCAUGAUGCUCCUUUAAUUACAGUGAUUACACCAGAAUCUUUUGCAAAUAUUGUAAUAUCUGUAGAUGCCAGAGGAGUGGUAAAACUAUGGAAUAUUUAAGCAUUUUAAGAAAUCUAAACAAUUAAUGCAGAAGAAGAUUAAUAUAGAUUGUAAGAAAAAAAAGCAAAAAAAAAUUAAGCCACAUAUCCAUAGGACACUGAAAAGACUAAAAAUAUGUAUAAAAAAUAAGGAACUUUCCACUAUAAAGUAGCAGUUUUUAGGGAAAAUGAAAAUAAACUAAUUUUAGGUUCAAAGAAACUCAGCUUUUAUGAAUUUGAUACAAGCUUUGAUCCUUAAUUAGCUGAUGAUAAAUAAAUUUUAUGUUUGGCAUAUUCGCCUUAUAAUUGUGAAUUCUAUACUGGAGCUGGAAAGAAUGUCAGAGUUUGGAAUUUUAGAAAAGGAACAGUUCAAAGAGUCUACAAGAGCAUCACCGAAUCAGACAUAACAAGCAUGGCCCUUGAUGCUAAUCAAAGAAAAUUAUAUUUAGGAUAGCAUGACGGUAAAAUUAGGUGCAUUGAUUGUUUAACAGGAUUCAAAAUCAAAGACCUUAACUUCCAUUUAAAAGAGAUAUGCUUCUUGACUAUGAGCACUAAAAACUCACUGUUGAUUUCAGCAGGAUGGGACCAAACAAUAAGAGUUUUUUGUGACGAGAGAGUUGAAAAAAAUGAAGAAAAGCCAUGUCUUAGAGCCAUAAAAAAUGUUUCUAAAAGUGAUAUAUCGGCUGCAGUUUUUAGUGAGAAUUUACUUUAAAUAGCUACAGUAUCAAGAGACAAUUGCAUUCGUAUUUGGGACUUUGAAAAAGGGAAUUUUUUAUAUAAGAUAAUUAUUCCUUAGAGUGUCAAUGAAAUAGUUAUGAUAAAAAUUUUAGAUCCUUUCCCCUUGAUUGCAGGUGCAGAUAGCAGUGGGUUUAUCUAUGUUUGGGGUUUAAAGCAAUCUGAUUAUUAUAACGGAAAGCUUCUAAUAAAAUGGAAAAACAUGUUUACAAUAUAGAAGGCAGCUGUAAUUACUUCAAUGGAUCACUAAGUAAUUGUCAAAGACAAUUAAGUCAAACUUGAUCUCAUCCUUGGUGAUGAAAUCGGAUACAUAAGAUUCUUAAACUUAAAUGAACUAUUAAAUGAAUUCUAGAUUAAGCCAUUUAAUUCUCCUGAAGAAAACAGGAACUUAAAGAGAGCAAUUGAUUAUAUUUUUUCAGAUUUGGAUCAAGAAAUAUUGUAAAAGGAUGAAAAACCUCUUUUGCAAGAAAAGAAGGCUAAAUAAGUUUUAUAAUGGAAAGCCCAUUCAGAAUAAAUUAAAGUUAUUUAAAAAAUAAACGAAACUAAAGAAAUGACAUAUUUAACUGUUGGUCUUGAUAAGUUAGUAAAGCUUUGGAAUCCGAGUGGUGAAAUGUUGGUUUCUUUUAAAUAAGGUUCAACAAAUCCUACAAAACUUGAUUUUAAAGAUAAUUACAAAGAUAAGAUAUCCAUUUAAACAGCAGAAGUCAAAAAGCAUUACGAUACUGUCUUAUAGAAUUAAAAUAAACAAAAGAAAUAAUUUAUCAUUCCAUUUUAAAAACCUGAUGAGUAUGACAAAAUGAAACAGUUAUCAAGAGUCGAGAGUUAAGAUGUAUUUUAAGAACUUCAAGAAAUCGAUAAAUAUUUAGAUAAAUAAGAGCAAUAUAAAAAAAGAAAUAAUGAAAAAUAAUCGUGGAGAUCAAAUAUGGACUAAAAUAAGUUAAGUGAUAUUAGAAAACAAAAAGGGAAGGUACAGAAAUAUUGA